CACCGGUCAGGUUCCUCUCUCGCCUUUCAGCCCUCCGAGUCAAGUAAGCCUUUCUUCCAUCUCUUUUUUCUUUCCCGGUUAUGUCUCCCUUAGGUAGCGAUAGGGUUUCGUCCUCUGAGGACAGCUCCUCUGAGGACUCCUCAUCUUUGACCGGGUCUUCUUUCCCCCGUACCGGUCAGGUUCCCAAUUCUUCUAUCCCCAAUCCACAACCCGUUAAUCAAAUGCCCGGUAAUGUUCUUGCGGGGAGGGAUGAGCCGGUUGACGAGGAACCGAGUCCAUACGACCCUGAAAGCGAAACCAGGGAUGCGUGGGAGGAGCGACUUCGCGAAGCCGGUUACUUUCCACUCCCCACCUUCUACGUUCUUGAAAUUCCUUCCCACGUGUCCAAAAUUGCUUUGAACAAAAUCCGUAGAAGGCUCCCGGAUGGGUAUACUCUUUUGUUUGAACACGACUGGCCCAACAUUGUUGAACCCCACCGGGAGGAUAGGAUAGGUUCCAUACAAUAUCCCUUGACGCGGGCAUCGUUUUUCCCCUUCGCCCCCUUCUCACCGAAGUAUGCCAUGCGUUUAGGAUUCUACCCGGCCAGAUCACUCCUACGCCCACCGGUCCUACCGGGCGGAACCGGCUGCGAAGGUUUUGUAUACUUCAAAGGCCGCACCGGUAGGAAGUUCAUUUCCGAAGUCCCACAGAGUAACCGGGGGUGGAAGGAAAAGUUUGUUUUCAUCGAGUUCCCCCCUUUCGUCACUCCCCUGGCCGGUCUUAAGUGGAACGACCAUCUGCUUAAUCAAGAGUACGCUGCACCGGCCUCCGCUCCUGACUUGGAAGCGAGUCUCGAGGUCCUCAUGCGCGGGGAUCCUUUCACCGGGAGGGUUUUUCACUACGGCAGCUGGGUUUGGAGGGUCGAGUCGGGUGGUGAGGGUACCUCCCAGGCCCAUGAAGCAGCGGGGCGCGGGGUACCCUCCCCGGGCAACACUGCAGAGGCCGAGGGCCAGAACCACCCAGAUAUGGAGUUCGAGGAGUAUGCCAUGCCCGAAGAUAAGCCAGAAGGAGAGACCGGUGGUUCUCAGACCGGUACUACCAAGACUUUCACGGUCCAACCCGAGACCGUGGAAGUUCAUGAUUUGGACGAUGAUGAGCCCCAUCCCGACCAGUCAAAGACGACGGGCAAGGAAAAGAUCAGUCGUCGUCAGAAGAAGGUGGCCACAACCCACCCCUCUUAUGCCAAGAAGAGGGCGAGGUCGGAUUCUGAGCCGGCCUCCCAGACCAUUGAAGAGGCCUUUGUCAACCUGGGCCUGAGGCUGAAAGAGAAAGGGGAGAUUGGGCCCCAUACAGUUGAGCAGCUGGGGAUGGGCUCUCCCUCAAAGGUGGCCCGGUUAGAGAAGGAGAAGGAAGAAAUGGCUCUCCUCUUGAAGAGCCAAGCAGAUGAGCUUGCCCGGCUUUCUGAUUUGGCUGGGACAUUGAAGGUGGAGAUCUCCCGGGUUAAGGAAGAGAACAGCCGGCUGAUGGACGAGGUCUCAGAGAUGAGGAAGGAGAUGGCGCUGAAGGAAGAGAACUUUCCCGGUCGUGCUGCUGCAUGGGUGGGAGAGAACAAGGCCGAAGCAGCCCGGGUGAUGACUGCCAGCCCGGAAGACACCAUGGAAUCCUUCAAACUCCUUUACCGGGAGCCUGAAGGGAAGAAGAUUAUCACCAAGAUUGGCUCUUUUGGAUUCAAAUGCGGCCAGAAGAAAGAUCGGACUGCCUCCCACCGGGUCUUGUUGAAGAGGGAUCUGGAGUUCACCGCUGCUUCCUAUGGCCUGGCGCCUAUUCCAGAAGAAGAACCUACUCCCCCUUUCCCUCUAGAUUAGAAUCUCCCCGGACGUGGCCGGUUGUUUUGUAAAACUUGAAUCUACCUUCAUUUCUCCGGGGACGCCCGGUGUAUCUGUAAACGCUUGACUUUCUCGUUUU